GGGACUAGAACUAUUGCAAAUGGAUUUACUGAAGAGGGUAAAGAAGCAAUGGCAGCAGGUGCAGGACCAUUCUUAGGGUGGGCUGUCCAUUAUGAAGAUAUCCACAACUAAUGGAGCCCACCUGGUUGGAGCCAUCACCUAGGAUGGGCUGUCCAUCAUGAAGAUAUCCACAACUAAUGGAGCCCACCUGGUUGGAGCCAUCACCUAUUUUUACCCUCGACGGAUUGGCACUUCUUGCUUUCAGAUCUUCUGUUAGAGACCCUUAUAAUCACUUGAAGAAUUGGUCCAACUCAUCAUCUUCCUACUGCAAGUGGUUCGGAGUCACAUGCGAUUCUAACAAUGAGAGAGUGAGAAUCCUAAGUGUUCCUGAGAUAGGUCUUGAGGGCACCUUACCCUUACAAAUUGGAAAUCUAUCCUUCCUAGAAAAACUUGAACUACAGAGCAACAACUUUCAUGGUGGGUUGCCAAAAGAGUUGCUUCAAUUGCACAAAUUGAAAAUUCUAAACUUGAGUUAUAAUACUUUUAGCGGAGAAAUUCUGACUUGGAUUGGAAGCUUGUUUAUGCUUCAACACUUGAGUCUUAGCAAUAAUAGUUUUGGAGGUCUCAUUCCUCCAAGCAUAUGGAAUUUGUCUAAGUUGGAGACCUUGGAUUUGAAGUCUAAUUCUAUCAAUGGAUCUAUUCCGGUGGAUAUUGGAAGACUUCAACACCUGAAAUUUUUAAGCAUUUCUCGAAACAUGCUUUCAGGAAGUAUACCUCCAAUUAUCUCUAACUUAUCAUCACUUGAGCACAUCUCUUUUUCUGUCAACUUCUUAGAAGGACAUAUUCCCAAAGAAAUGAAUAAGCUUACAAAUCUGAAAAAUAUGUACAUGGGUAUGAAUAAGUUGUCUGGGCAAGUACCGAGCAUUGGAAAUUUGGUCAUGCUUGAAAAUUUAUAUCUCGCAAGCAAUGACCUCCAAGGAAAUAUUCCGAAUGAAAUAAGCAAUCUUACAAAUUUGAGCAGCAUAUACUUAAGUGCUAAUCAAUUGUCUGGUCACAUGCCAAGAGGCAUUGGCAAGUUCACUAGGCUUCAAGAGUUAUUUCUGGAUAACAAUCACUCAGAAGGAAAUAUUCCCAAUGAAAUUAUAAGUCUUGCAAAUCUGAAGAUGAUGAGCCUAAGGGUUAAUCAGCUAUCUGGCCCCAUACCAAGAGGCAUUGGAAACUUGACUGUGCUUCAACAGUUGUAUCUUUGUAGCAAUAAUUUAGAAGGAUCAAUACCUAUGGAAAUUGGUAAUCUUCAACAGCUUGAGAUAUUAGAAUUGUCUCAAAACGAAUUGAGAGGGUUUAUUCCAUCAGAAAUUUUCAACAUGUCAACUUUGGAGGUCUUGUCUCUUUCAAACAAUUCUCUAUCAGGAAGUCUUCCAUCAAAUUUUAGAUUUGGCCUUUCUAAUCUACAAAUACUUUAUCUGUGGGGCAACAAACUUUCUGGAAAAAUCCCAAAUACUAAAUCCAAUGCUUCUAAGCUAACCACUCUAGAAUUGGAGGACAAUAAUUUUGAAGGGGUUUUUCCAAACACACUUGGGCAUUUAAGAUACUUAGAAACCCUUUUAGUAAGUGAUAAUAAUUUUACCAUUAUGGAUAGUUUUGAUUCUGAAACUAGCUUUUUCAAUUCAUUGUCAAAUUGUAGACAUUUGAAAAGUUUGAUUCUCUCAACAAAUCCACUGCAUAUGAAACUUCCCAAGUCCAUUGGAAACUUGUCUAAUUCUCUACAGGUGCUACUUGUAGACUCGUGCAGGAUUAAUGGUAACAUACCAUCAGAAAUUGGGAAUCUAUCUAACUUGUUCCAGCUAUCAUUAGCUAAAAAUUUUUUACAUGGAUCAAUACCAAAAGCAAUUGGCAACAUACAGGCUCUUCAAGAUUUGAAUCUUGAAGGCAAUGAGCUAGGUGGCUUGAAUGUUGAUGAGCUUUGUGAAAUUAGAAGACUCACCUAUCUACAUUUAUCUCGAAACAAGUUUUCUGGAGCAAUGCCACCUUGCUUAGGAAAUCUUAUGUCCUUGCAAAAACUUUACUUAGACUCCAAUAAGUUGAUUUCUGAGAUACCUUCUUCCUUUUGGAAUCUAACUGGUAUAUUGGAAGUAAACCUUUCUUCCAAUGUUUUAGUUGGAAAUCUAUCAUUCAAGAUUAGUAACUUGAAAGAACUUAUAUCAUUGGAUUUGUCAAGAAAUUGUAUAUCAGGCAUCAUUCCAUCAACCAUAGGUGGCUUGCAAAAUUUACAAAUUCUCUCAUUGGCACAUAACAAAUUGCAUGGGAAGAUUCCUGAAUCACUUGAGAAUUUGCUAAGCUUAGUAAAGUUAGACCUUUCCCAAAAUCAACUGAUUGGUGAGAUUCCUAAAUCUCUGGAGUCACUUAUAUCCCUUGUGUACGUUAAUCUCUCUUUUAAUGAACUACAGGGUGAGAUUCCAAGUGGCGGAGUCUUCAAAAAUUUAACAUUUGAAUCUUUCAUGAUGAAUAAAGAACUUUGUGGUGAGCCACAAAUGCAAGUGUCUCCAUGCAAAAAAGGAACAGGUGCAACUCAUAGAUUUGAUGAGAGUAACUUACUUGAAAGGGGAAGUUUUGGUUCUGUGUUCAAAGGAAAACUUUCAAGUGGAAUAAUGAUUGCUGUUAAAAUAUUCAAUUUUGACUCAAAAGUGUUGUCAAGGAGCUUUGAGGUAGAAUGCGAUGCAAUGCGUAAUUUGCACCAUCGAAAUCUGGUGAAGAUCAUUAGUAGUUGUUCCAAUGCCGAUUUGAAGUGUUUGAUAAUGGAGUUCAUUCCUAAUGGAAGCCUUGAAAAAUGGUUAUAUUUUGAUGACUAUCAUUUGGAUUUCUUACAAAGGUUGAAUAUAAUGAUAAAUGUAGCAUCUGCUUUAGAAUAUCUUCAUCAUGACUUGUCAACACUAGUAGUCCAUUGUGAUUUGAAACCAAGUAACAUUUUGUUGGAUGAUAAUAUGGUUGCCCAUACCAGCAUGAAAGUCAUCAAGCAGGUGUUCUUGCACAUUCUGACAUCACCGGACGCAGCUAACAUCGGCGGGUUUAUUUCCGCAAACGUUCUGACGUCUCCAGUUCUUCCAGCUCUCAAAAGAUCUUCUAAGCAUGGCCAAAGUGGAUAUAGCAAAGCCAUUAAAGAUAUUGUCUAA